CAGCCAGUAGUGAGACCCCCAACUGUAACAGUCCACCUGGGCAAUUAUCAUGGCCUCACUAGCCUCGAUUGCCUUGGCUCGUCACUUGGUCGUCGCUAUUAUUAGCCUGAGCACGAACGCUGGCCAUGCGGCUGAGUGUCGUAGCCCGCACCUCCUGCAACCACCACACCCGUCGAUGGACCCAACACAUCUGCGGCCAGGGAGGUCUCUCUUUUAAUAGCCUUACGGCUCAUCGGUCGAAGCAUCUCGAUUGCUAGCAUAUAAACCCCACUCGACCUCUAGAAAAUGUGCUGUAUUGUGAGACUGUAUAUAUUGGUAGACACUUUACUCCCAACAAGUCUUCGACGAUCUCUUCAUACACAAAUAUUCCCAUCUAUCAUUUGAAUUUAACUUCCUAAAUACCAUAGCAUGGCUUCCAAACCCAGCACAGCAUCACUCGACCGCGAUGAGAAGGUGGAUGAGGGCCAGGUUGCCUGCUCUCCUACACAGUGGGCACAGAUGGUCCUUCAGUCCCAAUCAAUCGCUGUCAAAGACCCAAAGAAGAACAAUAAAGUAUGGGAUUUCGGAAUCAAGGAAAACGCCUUCGCUUCAGGCUCGGAAAUGAAGCAGGUAGACUAUUUGCGUCUACGUGUUCUUUGGUAUACAUGGACGGACCAAUAUACCUUCCGAUCUUACAUGCGAAACAAUCCAGCCCUACUCAACGACAACCAGCAAAGCACACCCUAUACCGGGUACAUCACCCCCGAGAAUGACCACAUUGCCGACGUGAUAUACAAUGCUAUCAAGCCGAAACUGGAAGGCUACUUGUGUGAUAUCCUACGGGUUAAGAACGGCCAAGGGGACGCUACCCGGCCCUCGGGAGACUGUGACAUGUUCUACAUGGCCCGAUACUGGCAAGGCCUGGUCGCACUCAAGCUUAAGGAAGUGUACGACGAUGACGACCAGAAGAAGUAUUUCAGAGGAAAGGUCCGCAAGAGUGAGAUAGGAACUGCGAGGGCCCCAGGCCCAUCUCUGCCGCCGCAGACACCAAGAACACAGACGCAACCACGUCAGCCACAGGAUGGCUUCGGCACCCCAGCCCUUGAUCCGGCUCGGGCAUCCGCGGGAGGUCUUCAGAAUCCCGCCACCGCUGACGAGACAUAUGUCAACACGGCACUCCUCCUCCUGCUACAAACCGUCACGAGGCUGAUGACUGAUCUGCAAGAAUCUGACCGGAGCCGAAGCAGGUCCCGGGGCAGACCGACCACCACCGGAAACAGCCCCCCGAAGACUCCAUCACGCAUUCCCUCGGAGACCCCCUCAAACAGCUCCCGAGGCAGACCGAACACCACCGGAAACAGCCUUCCGAAGACUCCAUCACGCAAUCCCUCAAAGACCCCCUCAAACAGCUCCCCAGGACCCGCCGCCAGACGACCUCCAGGAAGGAAAGCCGACGCCGUGAGCAGCCAGCCGACGACCACCGUUGCUAUCCGCCCGGCCAGCAAGCCCGCGGGCCAGGACCAUACCAGGCCUUCCAGCAGUCACUCUAACCCUAGAUCGCACAGUGCUGCCCGCGUCACGAGGCAGACCGACCCAUCCCCAGCCGGCGAGCCGCACGCCACGGCUCCCGGCUCGACAGACACCAAAGGGCAAGACGACGACAAGGGCGAGUCCCCCGACCCCCUGGCUGAGGCCCUGUCCCGGAUCAGCGGCCUCCGCCACCUCGACUGGCUGGCCGACCGCCUCGCGCUGAACCUCCUCGACAGGUCCUCCAAGACCACCUCGCCGAGGAAGCUCAUGGAGGCCCGGGUCGACGGCUACCUAUGCCGGCGGGACUUUGUCGUCGACCCGGGCAGGGACGGCCAGCUGGCCCCCCGCUUCAACCAGUACCCGCUCGCCAUCAUCGAGGCCAAGCCUUUCACGCGGCUGUCCGCGCUAUCUUCUAUCCGCUGGCAGGAGAGCGCCGAGAUCGCCUCUUGGGUCUCGGGCCUCGACGAGGCGUACGAGGAUGUUGGUCUGCUCCAGUCCUCCACGAGUGGGAGGAAACGGCGGCUGCUCAUCUCCCAGGAUAGACACGAGCUGUGGAUCAUCAUCGCCGAGUACGGCGACGAAUGGAAGCACUACAUCCGGGGAAACAAGCUGGUGAAGCCCCCGGGCUUCAACCAGUCCCAAGAUGUUAAGGAUCUCGCCGGAUCAGAAGGCUUUGUGUCCCUGGCCCAGGAGGCCGACCCCGGGAGGUUCGACGACAUGAUGGCCAAAGCCGAGGAGGCCCGCGGGGCGAGGCCGCGUAGCACGAGGGCCUCGCGGGGCCCCAGCCUUGAGCUGCCGGGGCCUGAGUAUUUCUGUAUCAUGCAGCAGUGGGGCCCCUACAAGACCGAGGAUGCCGCCGCCAUGGACAACUUCAUCAGGAGGCUGAUUGGGUUGCAGGUGCAGCUGCUGAGCAAAUGGCCUAGCAGCCGGUUCCAGAACCCAUCCCCGCAUCGAUGAGCUAGGAAUCACGGGUGCUGGCUUUGGAGACCUAUGUGUGUGUUUGAUGCCGGUCGCAGCGACCAAGACAUGUGAAGAUAAUGUCGGGAGAACUAGGGGUUAAUAUGCCCCCACUGUGAUAUUAUUCAAGCAAGUCUUUGACUAGAUUGUAGUUUACUGUACCUGGAGUUUUG